AGACGGCACAAUUCAACAGUAAGCUGCCAGUGCGAGAAUGAAGAUCUCUGUGAGUUUUAUGCUGUUGCUGCUGCUCGGCGCUGUCUCUGCAAGUGAAAGUUUUGAAAGCAAGCUGGCUUUUCCUCAAGACAUCUACGCUGCGCUGAGAGAGAUGACUGCUUCGUUGGUUCAACUGAAGGCUGACAUGACGCUGUCGCAAAGAGAGACUCAAGGUCAAGUGGACAAGCUGAAGACUAAAGUGGCCAAGCAGAAGACUGAAGUGGACAAGCUGAAGCAACAGAUAGAACCAGCAGCACAGCUGAAGACUAAAGUGGACAAGCUGAAAAAACAACUGCAAGGACAAGCAGCACAGCAGAAGGUUGAAGUGGACAAGCUGAAGCAACAACAGCUAGAACAAGCAGCACAGCAGAAGACUGAAGUGGACAAGCUGAAUAAACAACUACAAGUCCGACAGGUUGCAUUCUCAGCCUCUCUGCUGGCUGGAGGCCAAACAGCAAAUACUGGACCCUUUUCCUCGAUCACUACCCUGAUCUACAAACACGUCCCCACCAACAUCGGAAAUGCCUACAACUCAAACACAGGUGAGUUCACUGCCCCGGUGAGAGGAGCGUACAACUUUGAGUGGACGAUCUUUGGACAGGUAGAUGGCAGCCAUGCUUCAGGUGCUGUGUUGGUCAAGAACUCAGAGGCUGUUUUCCAGGCAUACGAGUAUCAGACGGCCGGUUGGAUGAGUGCUUCUAAUGCUGCUACGCUGCUGCUGGAGGUGGGAGACAGAGUGUCUGUGCGUCUGAGGGUUGACACUAGGGCGUAUGACGAUUAUAAUCACUACACCACCUUCAGUGGGUUUCUGCUUUUCCCCAUGUAACAGAAACAGCAGCUCUGUGAUAGUCACACAGGUUGUUGUUGUCUUAAACAAGUCAAAUCUUCAAGUGAUUAAUGUUUCUGAUUCUCUCUUGUUUCUGUCAUUUUAAUCAAAUAAACAUAUAUCAUUGCAAUUACA